GGAAGUGAGGAACUGGAAGGCUGCAGCAGUGAGAGAGCAUCAACCGUUCCGGAGGACUGUCGCACCCUUUUCCGCUGCGGGUUUAUUCAGAGCGUUUUUCUAUUGAUGUUUUUUUGGGGGGGAGUUUUUGUGCUUAGAGUUUCAUGUACGAGAUAAACAAAAUUCUAGGAUUCAUUAGUGGAUUUUGUUUCUCGAAGGAUGACGUUUUGGUGAUUUGAUCCUCCAGAGAAAAGCUUGGAUCAGACCCGAAGACGCGCAUUGCGCACUGGUGUUUUGGAUUACUACAUUGUCUACUGUUGAAGUUUGUUUGGCAUGAAAUGUCAAGGUAGAAGAAACUGAACCCUGCGCUCACCUGCUUUCGAUCCAGCGCGUGUUCAAAACCAGAUGAGAGAUCCUCCCGUUGGAGCUGAGCCGCUUUUACGCAGCCAUUCCCGGGAGCGCAGCGCCACCGACUCCAGCGGAGAUCGACGAGGCGCAAAGAGUCUGCCUGCCUUCACAUCUGCGUCCUUCCCAUCUCCAUCGGACCCCUCACGCCAAGCAAAAAGGCUUCCCAUUCGGAUAGUAAAGAUGUUGACGGCGCACAGCGGCCACUUGCUUCACCCCGAGUAUCUCCAGCCCCUCACGUCUGCGCCGGUCAGCAUUGAACUGGAUGCCAAAAAGAGUCCUUUGGCUCUGCUGGCGCAGACCUGCUCUCAAAUUGGCAAACCCGAUCCACCAUCCUCCUCCAAGUUGGCCUCUCUUUCCUCUAGUAGUCUUGGAGAAAAGGAAUCGUCCAGCAGAUCAUCUAAGUCGGGAGAGCAGCACCAAAUUCCGGAUGACAAAUCCAGCUUUAAGCCUUACUCCAAAUCAUCAGGCGACUCUCGUAAGGAUUCCCUGGUAACUAAAGGGGAUAAAGCAGCUUUCAGGGUGCCAAGUGGGAGCUCCAAUGGAGGCAGUACAUCAUGCUCAUCUUUUCCGUCCCAUUCCCGGUCGCCCAGCUCCAGCUCCCCCCCCCUGCACAGUCAGAACCAGUCCCAAAGACAAAGCCAUUCCCCUUCCACACACCCCUCAACACAUUCUCAGGCCCCAAUCAUGGACAGCAAAUCUGGAAGUCCAGAGCAUGCCAGCUCAGACAGUAACAGUAAUAACUCUGGCAAAAAAGACUCAGAUGCAGCUAAAUCAGGGAUGGACGGGGCCCAGAUAGCCAACUCCAGCCAAGUACGGGCAAGUGCAAACUCCAGCAAUGCCAGCUCUUCCAGCAGCCCACGGCCGGAGAGCAAAACAGAUCUGCAGGCUUCUACACAGUCAGGGCUGGGAUCUGGACACAUCGCACCAGUCUCACCUUUCAAACCCGGACAUUCUGUCUUCCCUCUGCCCCCGGUUACCAUGGGCUACCAUGCCUCCAUUGUCGGAGCUUACGCUGGCUAUCCAUCACAGUUCGUUUCCGGCUUGGAUCCUACAAAGUCCAGUUUAGGCUUAGGACUUCCAGGAAAACAUCCCAGCUCUAGCCCGCUAACUGGAGCUUCACCUCCAUCUCUGAUGCAGGGUUUAUGUCGGGACCCUUAUUGCCUAAGUUACCCCGGUGCCCCCCACUUGGGUGGCAGUAACUGCUCCACAUGUGUUCAUGACCCAUCAAGCCUCAAGUCUGGUUUCCCAUUGGUUUACCCUUCACACCACCUGCACUCCCUGCACUCCAGCCCAUUGUCCUCCAGCACCACCCCCUCUAUUUCCCACCCCCUUUACACAUAUGGUUUUAUGGUUCCCAAUGAGCCGCUGCCCCAUGCCUGUAACUGGGUUUCUGUCACUGGUCCCUGCGACAAGCGCUUUGCCACAUCAGAGGAGCUACUGUCCCACCUGCGUUCCCAUACAGCCUUGCCUGGAAUGGUGGACAGCAAGCUGCUGUCAACUUACCCAUCAUCAGUAUCAUCAACGGCCUCAUGCCAUCUUCAUUUACCCCCACCCAACAGCCCAAGUGCCCUGCCAAGUUCAUUCUCACUCAGAGGUUCUCCUGGCUUGGGCCUGGCACGCUACCAUCCCUACAGCAAGUCCCACUUACCUGGAGCUCCUGGUCUCCCCAUGCCAUCCCUCUCCUCCUCCUCCCCUUAUUACUCUCCGUAUGCCAUCUACAGUCAGAGACUGGGCUCAGCCUCAGCCUUGGGAUACCAAUGAUAUUUGAGAUGCUGCUAACACCCACAGACUGCAGGCAUCAGUUUGGACUGUAGAGCAGCCCUGAAGAUGGACUCCUGAGACUGAGGUCAUCUUCAGUGCAGGGCGUCACGCCUGCUGGCCUGCCUGCCAGGAAUACCACCUGUUUGCCUCAGGAUUGUGACUGGUGCUCCAAAGGCAAAGCCUGUGAUGGAUGGUAGCAGAGGACCAUCAGACUUCAACAGCAAGAGACAAGAGUUUGAAUUUUAUAGAGUUGAGGGAUUAUCAAAACAGUCUUCAUUUUUUUAAAAUCUGUUUUUAGUUUCCGUCCCCCCCAAAAAAAGUGUAUUUAUUUUUUCACUCAAGCGCUUGUUUUUGGAAUGGGGGGUUUGAGUUGAAAUGUUUGCUAUCCACAUAAAUGUUUUCUGAAGUAUUCAGACUGGGGAAGAUGAUUUUAGUAUAUUACCAUUAUGCCUAUCAUACACUCUAUAAAUAAAAAUGUUGCACCACGAUGUGGAUGGAUUGUGAGGAUUUAUUCUGGGGACUUCUUUUGAUCUUCUUCCCUCUCGGCUGUUUUGUUUCUCCUCCUCGACUCAGAUUCUGGAGGAUUGCAUGUCCUUGAGAAUUAUCUUGAACAUUGCAAAUAUUUUUAUUUGUAAAUAUGCAAAGAUGUAAUAUUUUUUCAAGCCUGCAAGGGGUUAGCAAUUUGAUUUAUGCAAAAGGUUCAGAGAUAAGAAAAAAAACUGACAUUAAUAAAACAAAAUGAUGGCUGUGCUGUCCGACCAACAAAAAAACCCAUCUUAUUUUGUUAAAUAAAUGAUACAUGACUGCAUUGUA